CCACGGCCUCUUGAAGCGCACUAUUUUAACCCCCCCCUCACCCUCCCCCUCGUCACGCGGAUUAAUCCGCAGCGUGUGCGCAGGCUGCAUCGUGCGCGCGCCCCGUUACUCGCGUACGGGCGAUGCUAUUUUAAACCCCGGCGCUGUGUCCACUCCGCUCAUCUGCCAGCGCCCCCAACGCCGGAAACAACAGAAGCAGCAACUUUGAGGCAACUUCGAAAAGAGGAGGAUUAAUAUUAACAGCCGCCACAGAUAAAAACAUACUUCACCUUUUUUUCCCUCCCCCCUCUCUCUCCCUCUCUCUCUCUCUCUUUCUAUAUAUAUAGAAAGUGAAUGAGAUGUUUCAGACCAAGGAGCUCAUCGUCUUGGUGCUCCUGUUCCUUGGCAGCGCAGUCUGCCUGCGAGUGGACAUCACGCCUGCGCAUGGCGAAAUCAGCGUUGGAGAAUCGAAGUUCUUUCUGUGUGAAGUUACAGGUGGUGUGAAGGGAAUCGACUGGUUCUCACCAAGUGGUGAGAAGAUUGAAACCAACAGGCAGGAUAUCACAGUGUUCCGGAAUGAUGAGACAUCCUCUACCCUCACCAUCUACAACGCUAACAUCGAUAGUGCCGGCACGUACAAGUGUGUCGCCACCAGCGGCGACCAGCAAGCUGAAGCCACAGUCAACGUGAAGAUAUACCAAAAGAUUACCUUCCAGAAUGCCCCAUCCCUACAAGAGUUUACAGAAGGGGAUAGUGCUGUUAUCAUAUGCGAUGUCAUUAGUUCCCCUCCGCCAACUGUCAUCUGGAAGCACAAAAGGGCAAAAAUCCAGUAUGAAAAGGACGUGCGCUUCAAGGUCUUGAACAACAACCACCUGCAGAUAAGAGGAAUCAAAAAGACAGAUGAAGGCGUGUACACCUGCGAGGGGCGUAUUAUGGCCAGGGGCGAGAUCGACUUCCGUGCAAUCAGAGUGGUAGUGAACGUUCUGCCCACCAUCAGAGUUCGGCAAGCUGAAGUGAAUGCCACAGCUGACUUGGGCCACUCAGCAAUGCUGGCCUGUGAUGCGGACGGCUUUCCUGAGCCCACAGUCACGUGGACACGUUCUCCCAGGAGCGAUGUUCUGCUGGAGAGCGGGGAUAAGUACAGCUUCAAUGAGGACGGCUCUGAGAUGACUAUAAUGAAUGUGAAGAAGUUGGAUGAGGGAGAUUAUACCUGCAUUGCCAGAAACAAAGCUGGGAAAACUGAAGAAGAAGUCAGCCUCAGAGUCUUUGUCAAACCCAGAAUCACGUAUUUGGAGAAUCACACUACCACAGAGAUGGAAGAGCAGAUCACGUUGACGUGCGAAGCCACGGGAGACCCCACGCCCACCAUCACGUGGAGCUACGGCACACGCAUGUUCAUGGACGGAGAGCAGGCCUCUUGGACGCGGCCCGAACAGCACAAGAGUGCAGAUGGCAUAGUGGUGGUGCGCAGCGAUGCUCGUGUGUCCUCCCUCACCCUGAAAUAUGCCCAGUACACAGACGCAGGACAGUACCUCUGCACGGCCCGCAACGCCGUCGGCGAGAGCUCUCAGCAUAUGUACCUGGAAGUGCGCUAUGCCCCCAAAAUCGAGGGCUCAGUGACGGUCUACACAUGGGAGGGAAACCCGGCCAACAUCAGCUGCGAGAUCUUGGCGCAUCCCAGUGAAGUGUCUAUUGUGUGGCUGCGAGAUGGACUCCAGCUGCCCAACGCCAACACCUCCAACAUCAAAAUCUAUAACACUCCCUCUGCCAGCUACCUGGAGGUUAACCCGGACUCCCAGAACGACUUUGGCAGCUACAACUGCACCGCCUCCAACGAGAUUGGGACCGAGUCCAAAGAGUUCAUCCUCAUUCAGGCCGAUGUGCCCUCAGCACCUGUCAUCACUCAGGUGGAGCCCUACUCCAGCACGGCUCAGCUGAUAUUCGAUGAGCCUGAGGCUUCGGGAGGAGUUCCUGUACUCAAGUACCGUACUGAGUGGAGAGCUGUGGGCCGGAACAACUGGGUCCAGCGAGUCUACGAGGUCCGAGAAGGAGGCUUGAAAGCAGUCACAAUCACCGGCCUUAAACCAGAAUCACAGUACGAAGCCAAGAUAUCUGCUAUCAAUGGCAAGGGAGAGGGAGAGAGCAGCUCUACAGUUGCCUUCAAGACGGAGCCUGUUCGGGAACCCACUCCUCCUAAACUGGAAGGCACCCUGCAGCCUAAAGGCAAUGCCCUCAGAGUCAACUGGAUCAAGCAGGAUGAUGGAGGCUCACCCAUCACUCACUACCUAGUGCGAUACAAAGCCAGAGAGGAAUCGGAGUGGAAGCCAGAGAUUCGGCUGCCCAGAGGGAGCGAGUACGUGCUCCUGAGUGGUCUGGAGUGGGACACAGAGUAUGACGUGUUUGUGGUGGCUGAAAACCAGCAGGGCAAGUCGCAGCCCGGCACCCUGACCUUUCGCACGUCCUCAGAGCCCGAUGCCACUCCAGUCACACUUGGCAGCUCCUCAGUGACGUGCACCUUGCUGUCAGUGGUGCUGUCUGUGCUCCUGGCGUUGUUGCUUUGAUAGCAUAAACUGAGAGCUAUGUUCUCAUGUUGAGGGCAUGCUGCCAUUUCCUUAUCCAUUUGCUGAUAAAACUGAGCCUGAUGGCGUGCAUUAACACAAUUAACAUUAGGAACAGCUAUAUUUCAAAUGACCCUAUGUACAGUACCAGUCAAAAGAUUUGACGCAUUUGAUUGAAUGUAUGAUUCUGAUUUUGGAUGUGGUCAUAUAGUCGUAGUUAGGUUUUUUUUGUUUGUUUGUUUAUUUGUUUUCUUGGAAGGCUGGCAUGCGAGUCCUGCCAGGACACGUUUCCCUUUUUUGCAUCUUUUUCUAACUGUACCAAAACUUUUGCAUAGAAUUAUAUGCUCCUUGAUUUACUGGGCUGGCCACAGAAGGCUGUGGCAUCACUGGGGAUCCAGUUCACUACACAAUAGGGCCAGUGUUUCGGUGGCUGUGCCACUCAGGGGCCGUUAAGACAUUUUGGUCUUUUGUUUGUUUUGUUACUUGAUAUUUGUGAUAUAUAACCCUAACCCCUAAAAAGUCUUAAUUUCACUGAAAUUACUUUUUGCAAAUUAAAGGCCUUAAAAAAGUAAUGUGACAUUAAAAAAACAAAUAUAUUACAUAUAUUCUCCUGCUGUAGUUUAGCCUCACCCAUUCAUGCUGAAGUCCUGCUUACUGAAUGAGGGCAGAGCUAAUUUAUAUAUAUAUAUAUAUCAGUGUUAAAGGCACAGUAACAAACCAGCCUAUUUUAAGUGUAAGGGAUGAAGAGAGGUUGGAAAACUAAGUGAAAACGUAACAUCUUCUACAUGGAACAAAUAUGUGGCCUUUUUUUCUGUAAAUUUUAGUGCACAUUGUAUUUGCUGAAUAUAAAAUAAAUGAAAAAAAAUAAAACAAAUGAACAGUUUUUUCAAAAUGUUCAAUUCAGCAAAUAAACAGUAAAUGUGCAUUAAAAUAUGCAGGGUGUCUUAACUUAUUUGGACUUAAAAAAACAACAUAUGUUUGAAUAUUACUGUAUAUUACCUAAAGAAUUUUGUCUUUUAUUAUUUUUUAAUGCCCCCAGGUCUGAGAAGCUUCCUAGUCGGUUCCUUGUGGAGCUGCUUUAGAGAAUACAGUGUGUGAAACUGCGUCAAGACAAAGGGGCCCACUCUGAAUAGUCUAAAACAUUGUUAAACACAACAGUUGUUCAAGAAUAGGAAAUAUUUGAUUGAAGAGAAUAAUAAAAUGAGGAAAACUUUAUCUCAAAGCGUCCAUACUUUUGACUGAUACUGUGUAUUAUGCAAUGCAACUUUUCUAUUCAGCGUAGUGAAAAAUAUAGUGCAUUGUACGAUAAAGACCGAGUGGCAGGCACUAAACUAAGUUUACAGGGGAUAUUGCGUAUGAUUCUGCUUAUCUGUAUAUAUUUUUAACCGUCUAAUUCUCUCAAUGAAAGCUGUAUAAAAUUGUACAUUGUAUGAUCUUUAAGGAAAGACUUUGUAACAUCAUCAAAAUAUUAUUUUAUUAUAUCUGCAACCUGGAGACUGUUGUUCUGUAAACUUGCUACAGUUGUUGCAAAAAGUGGCAUGUAUUAUGAUCACAACCAGAGCUAUUGUUUGCUUAUUUGGAUUUAUUAAAUUCUUUUUUUUUUUUACUUAAUGUUGUCUGUUAUGGUUUUCUGUAUUUUGUUUGUGUUUAUAACAGCUUUUUAAGUUAAUCUCAGGAGAACAAUGCGAUUAAUGUGGUACGGCACACUUAUUUCAACCUGUAAAUUCAUUUGUUAUGACAGUUGAAGUCAUCAUCAGAUUAGUUGUUGCUGAUUUUUUGCUGGUGAGUACAUUAUUUUGUGCUACUGGAAAAAGACAUUUAUGCUCAAUAACAACUAAGUGUAACUGGAUCCUAAUGAGGAUUUGCAUUUUUCUAAUUAGUAUCUGUCUAAUUAUUGCUGUCUGAUAUGUCUGGUGCUGCUUUUCCACUAGCAGGCAGAGUUAGGUGCCAUUAAGUUAGGCUGCCUUUUUCCGGAGGUUCUUGGAUGCGUCUGUGAAAUUUCCUGGCCCAUGUUGGUCCUUACUCAAUUCAGCAAUGCAGAACCUAAUCUGGGAUUCAUAAACUCAUUAAACAGACAUUUGCAUCACAACAUUAAAGAGAAUUCAAGUGUCUUAUGAAAUCCUAAUGAAUUAGUGAGAAGAGUUACACUCGUUUGCCAUGAUGAGCAGUUGGGUUUCUGAGACCAGAACCUAAACCUGGACUGAAUGAGAUUUUUAAUGGUGAAAUUGUUGACAUUGCUCGGUGUUGACAUUGACAGGAUGCCUGGGCAACAUCUAAAAAUAAUUAGCAAGAUAACGUCUUGUUAAAAAAAACAGUACUACUGAUAAAAUACCAUGUCCAGCUUAGGCCUCCUUACUGUUUUAUUUUUAGUUUUUAUGCUUUUUAACAAAUUACAUUAUACAUUAUGAGACUCAUAAUUACAAGACUCAUUGAAAAUCUGCAGUGAAGACCUCACGUUAAAAAAAGUAAAAGUUGAGACUGCAGAAAUGUACAUUUGUGGUCGUUUCUUCUCUUUAAAUGACUCACGGAAAGGUGACUUACAUGCCACCUGCUGGACAAUCUUAAGACUGCUAAACAUGCUUGAGUAAAAGAGUGAGUGCCAAAGCCUCAUCCAUGUAUAGCAGAGGCGUUUUUGAGUUGUUGAAAAUGCUGAGAGUUUUCCUCACACAGUAUCACCUGCUCCAGAGCAAUCCUACAUAUCUACACACAGAACAUUUAACUGACUUUUGACGAGCCGUCAGUCCAUGCUGGUAUGGUUGUUUAUUUAAUCUGCUUCUUAUUUAUCGUUAUGAACCUCCACGAAAGCAGAAUUAUUAAUGCCGCGAAACUUUUAGACCUAAGAAAAAAAAAACUUAAUUCAGUGUUUCUGUUGCUGAUGGCUCCAGACUGACAUCUCCCUUCAAAUAUGUGCUUGUAAAUGAUAAAA